CUCUCUUUAUGUCUACCUUAUGAUUUACCUGGUAUUGAUUCCCCUUGCAUUCCUUUGAUAUCUCCCACUUUCCAAUCUAUUGCUCUCUAGAAUCCAUCUCGCGUGUCAUCUCGAAUACCUUAAAUACUCCCUCUUUACUUUAUCAAUCAAUCCAAUACCAUCCACAUAUCAUUCCGUACAUACACCCACUAUCUUUUAUUAUGACGACAAAUCUUUUAUUACCUUCCUCGACAUCACCAGGCUACUUUCCGUCCAUCCGAGCCCUUAGCCCCAUAGGCAGCGAAAUAUUGACGAUUGGAGGCAGUUUGAUCAGCUUUGCCAAUGUUCUUGCCUCUGUGUCAGUGGUCUAUGUUUGUUUAGUCCACCCGCGAACAGACCGAAUAUCACAUCUGUGCACAGCCGUAGCAGAACUACUGUUAGGAGUAUUAACUAUUGCUAGUUUGGUUUACUCCAUGAUGUAUGAUGUGCUUAUUCCCCAGGCACCGUGCACAGCCUUUGGAUUUCUGGUUCAUUUUACUGUCAGUAUCGACAUCGUUUCUGCAAUGUGUCUCGUAAUCGUCACCUGGCUAAAGGUCAACCAUUCCUAUCGGUCAAAAACCGGAGUAUAUGACUGGAAAUUAUGGGCCACUGUGAUGAGUAUCCCUUUGAUUUUAUGCUGCGUCACAGUGGGAAUGGGUGGAUAUGGUCAAGAUAUUUACUGGUGCCAUACCCAGCCAACUACAACUGGUGCCACCGUCGGACUCGGGUCACUGAUUGCUAUCAACUACUUGGCUCUCGGGCUAGUGACCUAUUUCCACUUGUCAAGCAUCUCAAAGCAACAUCAAAUCUCCAACCUGUCGUAUACCGUGGGCAUGGGCGACAUGAGAAAAUACCAGCGAAGACCGAGCAGCAUAGUCGAACCUAUUAAUAUUUUAACUCCUCACCUACCGCUCACACCCAACACCAGUCUGUAUCCUCCAGCUAGCGCCAUAGGGUUUGAAUUGCAUUCACCCGCACUAGUGUCUGCUAAUGUGACGCAACCAGUCCAUCGACCGAAAAACAACUUGAACGCCUACAUUUUUGUCCACUUUCUACAACAUACAAGUACCACUGUGUAUUGCAUAUGUUGUCUUAGUAACUACCAACCGUGGUGGGUGUAUUUUAUCUUCAUCGCCGGUUUCCAUCUUGGAGGCAUUGGCAAAGUUGUGUUGUUCCAUAGAGGAAGAGAUCGUCGUCCUGUUGGAUCACGGACAACGCGUGCACUGGAUAAUCCACCUACCAUCCGUUAUCCAACCACAUUAUCCAUGGGACUUGAUAAUAACCCCGAAUUCAGACGGCCGGCUCCGUCUUGGCAAGGUGCUGGACACAAUAAUCUUUCUGAUAUGUGGCAGAGUAGUAGCACCUUAGCCACCAACAACAGCCCUCUACAUAGUCUUUCCACCGACGACCACCCCCCUACCAUCCAUCAUAUUAAUACCGCUACACCUAGUAUCACCAAUAAUCCUUCCGCUACACGUCAAAGCCUCUAUCCCGAAACCACAGCCUACGUAUUCCGACAUGCGUCGGCAUCAUUUGGUACCAGCACAGAUUCAUCCGGCUCAGCUACCAACAGUGUCUUGGCCAGUCGGCGGAAUAUGGAAGUUCCUCCUCUGCACUUGAGCAAAGGGUCCAGGAAUAAUCUGAAUCACCAAGCACAAGACGCUUCGCCUGAAGGGGAAUAUGACGACGACGAUGAUUUUGAAGAAGAUUUUGAAGAAGAUGUAGAUAUUGAAGCGCAUCCUGUGCGAGCUGAAAGAGUUAGCUUACACCCAUGAACAAUGGCUAAAAACCCAAAUAAACCAAGCAUCGUCUUGACUGACCCCUUGCCAAAGAAAUCG